AUGGCGGCGACCGCAAAGCCGCCUGCCAGCACCGCUGGCGGUGCUGUUGCGGUCCCCACAGUUCGGCCUGUCAACCGCGCACGGCGCGACACAAACUCGCAUGCGCUCGGCAGGCAUUCACGAAAUAGCGCUGGGAAGCGCACUGGAUCCCUUUCAGAUGAAGCCUCUGCCAAUGGUGGGGGGACGUUACCAUAUGUCGUGUCCGACUCAUAUAUCCUUACGAAGCAUGCCGGUAAUCCGCCUUCUCUUGUUGUGCACCUACAUCCCACACACUUUCGAUUUGACGGGCAGGAUGGCAUGUUUCCGUACAAAUCGCCCAUGAAGCUCUUCCUGGAGCACGUCCGAAGUCGCACCGUUCCCCACGACCUUCUCGAGUACUUUAUCCAAGCCAAAGUUCAGUUUUACGAUGGCUGUCUCAUUGUCCAGCUCCACGACCACAAAUCAGCUGCGCAAACCAAGGACGUUGCGCGGCCAACUUCCGCGUCGUCAAAAACAAUGCCCUCAUCGAUUCACAACUACAAUCAGUGGCUCACACCCUCCCCCUACGUACCAUAUCCCAAAGAUGAACAGGGCCCAAAUGACGAGUCCAAGAAAGUAGAGGAAGAAGCAAAGUCGACAGAGGGCGAAAAGGCCGUACCCAACGGCCAAGAAGACACAAAACCCAAGGUUGCCGCUAAACCAAAGGUUUUCACUGUCGUGUUACACCCUACACCGGAAAGCUUGCAGAUGGAUCUCCUCAUCAAGACUACGACCCCGAAAGGCAUUCCGGAAACCUAUGUACCACCGCCAACACCAUUGUCGCUUGGGAACCCUCCUACGCCGACUGUAAAUACGAUGCCACCGCCUGCAAAACGCCAAAGAAGAGAUAAGACCGAACUGGACGGAUCCAACAUCUACGUUGCAGAGGGACAGAUCUUAUUGGCUACCAUGGCACCGUUGUACUUGGCCCCGACCAAGAACGCAGAAGAGACCAUCGCCCUACUCGAGGCCUUCUCUCAUCCUAAGCAUGCCGAAGCACCGCCACAACCGAAGACGAGAAAGCGUACCGUUGCCGAAGUUGCGGCAGACGAAGCCGCAGCCGCAGAGCACGAGCGAUAUAUGCUCGUCCUGGACGAUCGGCUUUCGCCUGGUACUGCUGGUGGCCAAGGCGCAGGUGCUGCAGAUGGAGAUGCCCAAGCCGGGGCCGCUAUAUUUGAGCCGCGCUUCGAACGAUUCAAAGUUAUUGAAGAAAUUAAGAGAGAGCAUGCUGAAAAGAAGGAACAGGAGAAGCUUAAGCAGCAAGAGAACGACCGCCGACUGCAGGAACAACGCCUUCAGCAACAGAGAGAGCAGCAAGCAGCAGCACAGCGGGCGGCAGAAGCGGAGCGCGCCAGACAAACUGCUGUCGCCAGAGAGAACCAACUUCGACAAGCCGAGGCGCAGCGCCAAACUCUGGCGGUCCGACAGGCACAGGCACAAGCUGCACAGGCGCAAGCACAGGCGCAAGCACAAGCUCAGGCUCAGGCGCAAGCGCAAGCACAAGCGCAGCAGGCUGCGCAGGCUGCGCAAGCGGCCCAAAUGGCUCAGCGUAACAGCCAGAGCGGCAUGGUGCAAAAUGGCGCUGUGGCUAAUGGUGGCAUGCAAAAUGGCAUGCAUAGCUCUGCUCAGGCUAGAUUUCCGUCGCAAAUAUCUCAGGCCCAAGCAGCAUCUUCCCCCGUUGUGCGCCAGGGCACACCCCAAAACAUGUCAUCGCCAAUGGUUGGAAGCGCGCCCAUGCAGCAAUCCAACUCUGGCGCUGCUGGCAGCCCGCCACGACCCCCUUCUGUUGUCCAGCCCAUGUCUGCUCCCAUGGCACAUAACAUGUCUGCUAGAGGCAGCCAGCAGAGUCACGCAUCAGGCACUCCUCGUAUGCCCAAUGCGACCCCUAACAUGGCGCAUGCUACGCCCAUUAACAGACAAGCUAUGAGCGCAACCCCCCGCAUGACGCAGGCCAGCCCGCCGCCUAACAUGAUGGCGCAGGGUUCACAGAUGGGCGGCAACAUGGGCGGCAACAUGAGCGGCAAUAUGGGCAUGCCUAACACCCACGGCAUGAGCCCCCAGAACCAACAGAUGCUUGCUCAGCAACUCGCAGCCCAGCAAAGGAUGAUGCAGCAGCAGCAGCAGCUUGCGAUGCAAAAUGGAGGAAUGCCAACUAUUAAUGGCCAGCCCAUGACCCAACAGCAGCAGCAGCAGCUCAUUCAGCAAAUGCAGCGCCAAGCGCUUCUACAGCAACAGCAGCAGCAGCAGCAAGGCGGGUUGACACCCCAGCAGCAACAACAGCAAGCUCUCUAUCAACAGCAGCUGCAGCAGCUGCAGGGUGGCCAACUGCGCCAGAUGACGCCUCAGCUCCAACAGCAGCUCCAGCAGAUGGCUAGGAUGGGUCAGCUCGGUCAGAUGGGCAACGCGAUGCAGAGGCAGAUGAGCGGCCAAGUUAUGAACGGUAACGCCGGCAUGCAAAACAUGGCCGCCAUGCAGCAGCAGCUUCAGCAGCAGCAGCAACUUCAGCAGCAGCAAGGGCAGCAGCAGGGGCAGCAAGGGCAAAUGCAGUUCGCUCAGACCCCCAACGCUCAGCAACAGGCGACGCAGAAUUAUCAGCUGCAAAUUCAGGCUCAGGCUAAGCUACUGUUUCAGAGAAUGGUUGCGGCGCAAGGACCGAAGUACAAUGGUCCUGAAAACAUCCCUCAGGAGAUGAUGAAUAGGAUGAGAACUCUUCUCGGAGCAUCGUCGGCGUCGGCGAUGCUGGACUGCAAGAAGAUUGUUGCCAGCGAACAUGAGUUUGACCUUUCGAAGCUCGGGGGCCCUCACUCGGUCGUGACUUCGCGCCUAGACCCCAUCACAGGGCUUCACCACAACCGGACGUACACGCUCGACGUAUGCGGCAACUUGAAGAAGAGCGGCGAUGCGAAGCCGACGGAAGAGUGUCCCAACGGCACGCGAGUGUGUGCCAUCAAGCGCGUUAUUGGCGACGAAUCGGAUUCAAUCACCGAGGUCAUCCCCAUCGCGGGCUCGUUGGAGAACCAUGAAGGCACCGCCUUCGAUUACGAAGUCACGCGACUAAAGACGAGCGAUUCCAAUGCCGACUCGAAGAAGGAGGGCCUGCGACUCGUGCUCAAGGGCGGCCGACACCAGUUGCGCGAUCAAAGGGCAGUGAUUGAGUUUCUGUGUGCCCGCAAUCAAACCGGCUUGGAAGGCGAGUGGGAAGCAGAGGACAAGUACGAGAACAGCUCCAAGCGUAAGCGCGACGACAAGAAGGACGACGACAAGAAAGACGACAAGAAGGAUGACGAUAAAAAGGAUGGCGAUGACAAGAAAAAGGGAGGCGACGAUGAAGAGGUGGAGCACCAGCUGAAGAAGGAUGACGCCGCGCUGAUCUGGGAGAGCUAUGGCACUGAGAAGGAUGCAGACAUUCUGCGCUUAACAUGGCACACCAAGUAUGCUUGUGAGAAGCGUGAUGACAAUGAUGUCGAGGAUCCCGAGAAGCCCGCCAGCGGUGGUAGCUGGGGCUUUUUUACCUGGGUGUUUAUUGUCGGCUUCCUCGGCACGGCGGCGUACCUCAUCUUUGGGUCGUGGCUCAACUACAACCGAUACGGCGCCCGCGGCUGGGACCUACUGCCCCACGGCGACACGAUCCGGGACAUUCCCUACCUGCUGAAGGACUGGGUGCGGCGCGUGCUCAACACCGUACAGGGCGCGGGAAGCCGAGGUGGCUACAGUGCGGUUUGA